AUGGCGGACCGAACCAUGGCGCACUGGCGCGUUCUGGCUGCUGUUGGGAUGAUGAACUGGGGUGUUUAUUUUAUCUACGACAUGCCAGCAUCUCUGUCGACCCCUCUGUCAAAGCACCUCUCGUUUUCAGAUCACCAGACGGCAUAUCUAGUAUCGCUGUUGUACUCGGUCUACUCAGUCCCAAACACCGUCCUCCCCUUCUUUGCUGCAACGGCCGUACAGCGGUUCGGGGAGAGGACACUCCUCAUCGGGAUUGUGUCCAGUAUCGCACUAGGACAGCUGCUCUUCGCACUUGCCGUGCAGACAAAGAUCGAGCUCGGGAUGAUUAUCGGGCGCGCAUUUAUAGGUCUCGGAGGAGAGGUGGUAGCCGUUAUUGGAUGCGAGAUUAUUACCCGCUGGUUCCAACACAACCGCCUCUCGCUAGCCCUCGCAAUCAACCUCUGUUUGGCACGAUUCGGAAGCGUCUCGAACUCUAUCAUCAUACCAAUCCUGAUCGAGCCGUACGGCGUCGUCACAGUGACCUGGCUCGCUACGCUCCUAUCGCUCGGCAUGCCAAUAAUUGGCUUGAUUUCCCUCCUCACAACCCCGGAUCCAGCGACAGAGGCAGACGAAACACUGCUCACCCCAGAGAAUCCGGACACCAACCUCCCCGCCAAACCCAUUUCGGCAAUCUCCUCCCUCCGCCACUUCCCGCGAGUUUUCUGGCACUUGGCAAUCAUCUGCCUCUUGAGCUACAGCUGCAUCAACACAUUCACAAACUCCGCGCAACGCCUGCUCGCCACGCGGUUCUAUGACGGAGACCAAGCUGCCGCGGGCGAGGCAGUCAGCAUCCUCUUCAUGCUCUCAGGAUUCCUCGUUCCGCCGUUCGGAUUCCUCCUCGAUACUUUGGACUCGAGGGGGUACCCGCACGCUUUGAUUACGAGUAAUGCGCUUCUCUGCCUCGCGCAUGGGAUCUUCUUGACAUGUUCGGUUUCGAGUCCCGUUGUUCCGCUUUGUCUUCUGGGGGCUGCGGAUGCGCUUUUGGGCGUUGCGUUUUGGGGGAGUGUUACGCGGUGUUUACUCAGCUUUGCCUCCCAGAGUCAUCUCGAACCACAACCUCAUGUCAUCUCCAACUGCAGUACAUCGUAUAAGGAUGAGCCCGACCGACUGCUCUCUGGCGGUCUAGAUACCACAGCCGUCUCCAUCGAAGAAGUUGCCAAUCCCGGCAUACUCCCUAUGCAUGGCGAGGCAAUCCGAACCCUCGGUCUAGGGAUUAUGACCAGCUUGAUGAAUAUCUGUACAACAAUUGUCCCGCUAUUCCUGGCCGUUGUCGAGAAUGCAGAGGGAUUCAUGGGGUUAGAGGUUGUUUUUCUGACCUUGGCGUUUCUAGGGUGUGUGGUUUGUGUGAGGUUGGCGUGGACUUGGGAGCUUUAG